UACAUUACCUGUGCAGAGCUGGUGGCCAGUGCACAGGGAACAGUACACCUGUUGUACUUCCCAGGCUCUAGCUUUUUUGUUUGUUUGUUUAUUUUUUUUCGCUCUGUUUCCUUGUGUCUCUUUCUUUCCUUGCCUUUUUUUGAUUUUAGUCUAAUAGCAAAGCCUCACGAUGGAUCCCAAGGAGGGCGGUGGAAGUGAGAAGGAAAAGGAAAAGGAGAAAGUGAUUAAAAGGAGGAACCGGCCUGUGUUCCUGCGUUACCUGGAGAGGAGAAAGACGGACACAAUCGUAGCUGAUGACACGGACAAAGGUGACAUCAACCUGGGGACGCUGGUGAGGAGGAGUCAGUCUGACAAGACAGAGUACAGCGCCAAACUUAAAGAGAAAAUGACACCACGUGGUCUGUCCCCAAUCCCAUCUCCGGCCGUUGACCCAGAGGAGUUGCGUGCGAGGAAGAUGAAGCGCAGGGCAAAAGUCAUUCAGGAACUUGUUCAGACUGAAAAGGACUUCCUCACUGACCUGGAGCUGUGCAUCAGAGAAGUGGUGCAGCCUCUGCGAAAUCUCAUGGUUGUGGAUGUGGAUCGACUGUUCACCAACAUGGAGACGGUGUGUGAGGUCUCUGCAGCACUCCUUCACAGACUGCACGAGGCCAUGGCUGACCCUGAUCCAGAAGCCGUUGUCAUAGGAGACGUAUUUAUCCAGGCAAAGGCAGCUUUAGAAGAUGUAUUUAAGAUUUACUGUUACCAUCAUGAUGAGGCUAACGCAUCCCUCAAAUCCUAUGAGAAAGAUGAAGAAAUCAAGCAACAUUUUACCACAUGUGUAUUAGCACUGAAGAAAAUCUAUGAUAAAGAAGGGAAACCUAAUUUGUUGGAUAUGGGUUCACUGCUCAUCAAACCCGUUCAGAGGAUCAUGAAGUACCCAUUGCUUCUUGGGGAGCUGUGGCACGCCACGCCUGAAGACCACACCGACUAUCAGCCGACGCAGGAGGCAUUCACAGCUGCCAAGAUCAUAAAUAUUAACAUCAAUGAAUUUAAAAGACGCAAGGACAUAGUUAUGAAGUACAAGAGGUUGGAGGAUGACGGCACACUGAGGGGAAAAUUAAACAAGUUUAACAUCCACUCCAUCAGGAAGAAGGGAGACAGGUUUGCCGGUUAUCUCAAAAUCCUCGCGGGUGCUGAUACACAGGUGAGAGAUGAAGUGUUUGACAGAGAGGAGAAGCUUUUCAGGAGUUUAGAGAAAGCUGCGAGGCAACUGGUCAAAAACGUUCAAUGUUACCUGCAGUACACUCAGGAGAUGGUGUCUGUAGCUGUUCAGAGUGUGCAGGAUGUGAAGAACAUAGUCAAGGAUUCAAACAAAAAUGAUGGCAAUGGUUUGGUCCACGACAAUGGCUAUGAUCCCUAUAAGGUCUUUAGAGACAAUUUGGAGCACUUGGUGCUCACCCCCCUCUCCUCUCUGCACGGCAUGUUCACAGCCCCUCAGAAGCUCAUCCAAAAACGCUAUGACAAAUUACUAGAUUACUGCAGUCGCCUGGAGCGCUCUUCCUCUUUUUCAUCCUCUUCUUCCACCACUUCUUCCUCUCUUUCACCGGCAUCAGAAGACCCACCAGGUCCAGCCAAGAGAGACUACGAAGCUCUCAAUGCUUUGCUAGUGGAAGAACUGCAGAGGUUCAACACAGCUGCAUACACUAUCCUGACUAACAGUGUGGUGUUUCUAGUGGCGCUACUUAGAGGGCUGAUGAAUAAUGCACUGAUGGGUGCUCCAUCAGUGCACCAGCUACCACCUCCGCUGUCAAACAUUGCUGAGGUCCAGAACAGCAUCAUGGAUGAGCUGAAUAAUCUGACUUUUGUCAAGGACAAUGCACAGAAGUUAAUGGAGCGAAAAGUCAGCUUUGAAAAACGAGACAGGAAAACUGCGGUGCCGGAGGUGCAGCAUCAGACCGAGGAACAGCGUGCCUGGCUGCUGGCAGAAUACCCAGUGAACCGACUGUACCAGCUGAAGAGGAAGUGCAAUGGCUGCCAGGAGCAGGACCUGAGCCUGCUGGAGGGAGAGCUGGUAGCUCUGAUUGAGGACACAGAUCCGAUGGGCAGCAGCAGCCGCUGGCUGGUACACACUGGAGGUAUGCAAGGCUAUGUCUACUCCACCUUCCUGAAGCAGUACAACCCUCUGAGGGACUCGCAGCGGGCAGGCCAGAUGGCCAAAGAGCAGCCCCAGCAGCAGCCACCUGCUACGGUGGAUGAGGACUUUGAUGACCUGAGUCUGUUCGUGUCAGGAAGCGGCAGCAGCAGCCUGCGCAGCUUCAAGCUCAGCGCCACUGACAGUUGCUCAAUUCUCUCGGGCCUGCAGGGGGAGCUGGAGAGCACUGAGGACACGGAGGACACAGUGGACUCGGAGGCUCAGCAGUAUUACGCCGUGUAUGCAUUUCAAGCCCGAUGCGAACAGGAACUGACCCUGCAGGAGCACCAGCACGUUCGCAUCCUUCAAUUCUGUGACCUGGGAGGUAACAAGGAGUGGUGGUUGGCUGAGGCUAACGGACAAAAAGGAUACGUCCCGGCCAACUACCUCGGCAGGAUGUCCUACGCCUAA